AUGGCCUCUAACUCAAUCAACGAGUUCGCUCAUUUGCAAAUCCCACUAGAAGAUAUAGUGACGGCCACCCAUAACUUUGCCGAUGAGAAUAUCAUCGGUAAAGGUGGAUUCGGAAACGUUUACAAAGGGAAACUUAUGCAGUCCGGCAAGAUGAUAGAUAUCUCUUGCCGGAGGUUAGAUCGAAAGCAUGGGCAGGGAGAGGUCGAGUUCUGGACAGAGAUUUCUGUGCUUUCCAGCCUUGAGCAUGAAAACAUAGUCUCUCUUGUUGGGUUUUGUGACGAGAAAAACGAAAAGAUCAUCAUAACUGAGUAUUAUCCCAAGGGAAGCCUCUCCAUGCACCUAACCGACACUACCAACCUGACAUGGAAGAGAAGAGUGAGGAUAUGUCGUGGUAUUUUUAAUGCAAUAGAAUACCUCCAUAAGAAAAUCGGGGGGGAUUAUUAUAUCAUACAUCGUAACAUCAACGCCUUCACCAUUUUAUUAGAUGAUAGGUGGCUUCCCAAGUUGUCUGGAUUUGAAUAUUCAAUCAAACAUCCAAAAGAUCGAAAAAAACAUGUGUUUCGCUGUCAAGCUAUUGGGACAAAAGGGUAUAUGGACCCAAAAAUUGAAAGGACCGGAGGUUUUACACACAAGUCCGAUAUCUACGCCUUUGGCAUCGUUUUAUUUGAAAUCAUGUGCGGCAGAAAAGCAUUUGAUCCAAAAGACAAAGAUAUGUUUCUAGCACCAUUGGUCAAACUUCAUUAUGAAAAUGAUACACUGAAAGAUAUAAUCAAUCCUCAGUUACGGUAUCAAAUGGGCUUAUUAUCAUUCUAUUCACUAGCAGAUGCAGCGUAUUAUUGCAUAGAAGAGAAGCGAUCACAGCUUUCAGAUGAGAAGUGCUCAGUUAGGCGCAUUGUUGAUGCAUCAAUUUAUUGUCAUAGUCUAUACUUGGAAUCUGAAUCAGGAGAUCAGGAUAAUGACGAUCCUUAUGAGUAUAAAGAUAUAAUUGGUGAUUAUUACGGUGACAUAAGACUUGAUGAUGAUGAUAACGAGUCCCACGACGCGGUUGGAACUGGGUCACCCAAACCCUUCAAGUCUAAUGAUGAAUUAAAGUAA